AUGUAGAAUUUUGGAUAAAACAACUAUGAUGAUUAAAAUAUAAUGGCAGCUAACUCGAUGAAAAAAAAGGGAACCGAAGCUUAGUCAAUUAAUAUUGUUCCUGGUUACAAAAAUUUUGUUUUAGAUGAAAAUAAUGCAGCAUAUGAUUCGAUAGCAGAUAUGUUUACAAAAGAAGAAAUUGAAUAAGCAUUUAAAAUUAUAGAUUAUAGAAAUACUGGUCAAAUUACUUCCGAGUAGCUGACAUUUUUCCUUGAAUCUAUUGGUGAAUAAGCUAAGCCAGAGGAAAUAGAAGAAAUGAUUAAAAUGUGUGAUUAAGAAGGAUUCGGAUAUGUUACUAAAGAAGAAUUUAUUAAGUUAGCAAGUGGAUAAAGUUUAGCUCCUAUAGGGUAAGCAUUUCCCCCAACAGAAGAAAUGCUUAAAAAGAAAGAACUCAUAGAAAACCUAAAUUUAGAAGAGUAUUAAAACCAAAAAAAUAAGAUGAUGAGCAUGAAUAUGCAGAAUGCAUAAGGAAAUAAAGCAAAAAAGAAUAACUAAUAAAGUACAUUAAAUUUCACUCAGAUAAACGAUUAAACAACUCUCGGAUAAUCAAAAAUAGAUACAACAAAAUAAGUCAUAAAAAAUGUAAAUGCUGACAUUGAAUAAAAUUAGAAAUUAAAAACUUCUAAUUUGAACGCAACAUCAAACCUUGCUCUUAAUACAACAUCCGCACUAAAUAAAACUAGUGCAUAAUCUAAUACUUCAUAUUCCUUAUAGCUCUAACCUAAAAAAGAUCUUUAAAAUAAGCUAAAAGUAUUUACAAAGUGGUAGAAAGAUAAUAAAAUCAAUCCUGAAAGAUUACUGCAGUAUACAAAACUUAUUAAUGAAAUAUAAAAAAAUUACCCAGAUGAAGAGGAAAUUGAAGAAGAGUUCAUCAAAGAAUACAGAGAAUUCUUAAAAUUCCUAGGUCUACAGGAUUCUCCAUAAAAUCAAGAAAUAUUUAAAUUAGCUCAAACCAUUAUUCCUGAUGCUAAUCCUCAAAAAAUAAAUAUUUAUCUCUUUUUAUUUGUUUUAAUUACUAGCUAAGAUAUCAACUCUAGUGGUAAAUAUGGUUUAGCGUUCCAGAUGAUUGGAAAAGAAAUCAUAACUUUUGAAGAUCUAAUAUUAAUUGAAAAAAGACUAACAUUGCAAGAAAAUGUAUCAGAAGAUAAAAUAAGAACUAAAUUCGUAAAUCAUAAAAAUAAAAAAGAAUAUAAAUCUAAAACCUAUGGUACUGAGGAAAUGGAUAGACAGUUUUUCUUAGACUUAGUUACUAGCUAUCCAACAUGCUUUUAAGUUUGA